AAUUUUAAAAUCUAAUGGUUGGUGGGGCCUAACGCUGGCAGUGGCCCCCCAAAUUAUUACUUUCUUCCGGUCACCUGACUUGACCGUGGUCGUUGUUGUUUACCUCUGUCGUCUUUGAUAGGCUCAUGCCCUCCCAUCUGACCCAAAACACCGAAGAGACAGAUAUUUGCAAGCAGCAGCUGGUCCUUCAGGCGUUGGUCUGACAGUUUCCAAAAAAACUGAUGAUUAUCCGCCUGUUCACCUGUAGAGCCAUCAUAAACUCUCACCUCAAUGCUCACCUGAGAAAGCCCAGGAGAGGCCAAGACAUGGCCAGACCCAGUUCAGACCUGGCGGCAUUCAGAGACAUUUUUUCCAAGGCCAACAACAUCGUCAUCAUCACUGGAGCAGGGGUCAGCGCUGAGAGUGGGGUCCCCACCUUCAGAGGGGCGGGAGGCUUCUGGAGGAAAUGGCAAGCCCAGGAGCUGGCCACCCCAGAGGCCUUCGCCAGAAAUCCAUCUCGUGUUUGGGAGUUCUACCACUACCGACGUGAAGUGAUGCUCACCAAAAAUCCCAACCCGGGCCACCUGGCCAUCGCUGAAUGUGAGGCCCGCCUGAACAAGCAGGGCCGUAAAGUCACCGUCAUCACCCAGAACAUCGACGAGCUCCACCGCCGCGCCGGAUCCAAAAACAUCCUGGAAAUACACGGGAGCUUAUUUAAAACGCGCUGCUUGAGCUGUGGUCACGAGGCGGCCAAUCACAGGAGCCCCAUUUGCACCGCUCUGGAGGGCAAAGGAGCUCCCGACCCGGAAUCUCAGGAUGCACAGAUCCCCGUCGAGAAGCUUCCCCGGUGCGAGCAGACGGGCUGUCACGGCCUUCUGAGACCAGCUGUGGUUUGGUUCGGAGAGACUCUGGAUUCCGACAUCCUCAGCCGAGCAGAGGAAGCGUUGGACAGCUGCGACCUCUGCCUCGUGGCUGGCACCUCUUCAGUUGUGUACCCGGCAGCCAUGUUUGCUCCUCAGGUUGCAACCAGAGGCGUCCCAGUGGCUGAAUUCAACAUGGAGGACACUCCAGCCACCAUGCACUUCAAGUUCCACUUCCAUGGCCCCUGUGGGACCACCUUACCCCCUGCACUGGCUCACCACGAGGACGAGCAGCACUGAGGAAGCUAGCCACCACCAGAGGACUGUACUACAAAUACCAGCCAUGCGUUCAGUGUAGUGAGCAGUCCAUUUGAAUCAUGUGGCCAAAUACAGGCAACACAAAAAGAAUGUGAGAUAUUAUGAAUUUAGGUAUUUAACAGUUUGUGCUACAUGCUGUUCUUUACACUACUGCUCUGUGCUCUGAGCCCAUAGGUCACUCCUAAAAGUGUGUUAUUUCGAGAGGUCUGAAGCUGAAAAUGAGUCUGAAAAAGCUAUAUUUCCUUUCAGUGGCAGCAGGGGGCAGUGUGUAGCUGCUGCUGCCUCAGAAGCGUGUGACGUGUGGCCUUUGUAUUGUCUGAAUUUAUGGACUGUGAUGAACACUGUGUGAGAUGCCUUCCAGUGGACAUUAAAGCGGUGCAUUCCCUCUGAAUGACACAAGCGCGAGGUUUUCCAUGUCGCUUUCUGCCUUGAUCAGAAAUGGUCGGUGAGUUUACUUCCACAUUGCCCAUAAAGACUUCUGUAGCUUCUCUGUUAUAGGCGACACUCUGCUCCACAGAGAUGAGAUUGCUCCUGACACUUGCUUGGCCUGAACCAACCCAACCCCCCUGCUUCCAUAAUCUGAACAUGAACACAUGGUGAACACUGGAGUCCAGUGCUGUAUUACUGCUGUGUGGCAGUGGAAUCAGGCAAUAUUUCACCAAUGACCUCAUAACCAAUGCUUAGGCUUCUUCCAAAUGAUUAUGUUUCUCUAAAAAAAGAAAACACGAGCAUAUUUUUUUUAUUAACUACGUAAAUAUCCAUUGUGCUAAUGUUAGAAGGGUCUGUUAAUGAUAUUCAGCUCCUUAAAUGACUUGUGGAAAUUGAUUAGUAUAGCCACUAUUUGAAAAAAUAAGCAAAGAAAAAUAUCUCAUUGCAUUUCCUCAUAUGUAAUGGGAAUCAACACAUUUUCUCCAUGACGAAUAAUUGUGGAAAUAGAAAAAUAUACUCUUUUUAGCAUUACACACCCAAAUCAAGUUUUAGAGAUGGUUUAAAUUCACUUGUUCAAAAAACAAAAAAAUGUGCUCUACCAAAUGCAAUGUUAGGGAUAAUGAAAAGGACUUUGAGUACAACAAAAGGGAUACCCAAAAAUACAAAAUGCUGAUAUUUUUUAAAUAAUUUACUACUAAGCUCUAUGUGUAAAUACACAGAGCCAUAAGUGAGGAUUUUAUCCCUGUAUGAAACACUUCAUUGCAUGCCUCACCAAAUGUUUAAGAUAUAACAUGUGGUGGAAAGUCACCUGGUUACGCACAGGUACACGGUAGCUGAAUGGACAUAGUCUUCUAUCAGAAUGUGCAUUACUUAUUAUUUUAGCCCACCUAUAGCAAAAUAUAGGACUUAAACAAACCUUGUCUGGGUACAAGUCCAGAGCAGGGACUUAUGAUAAGUUUUUUAGUAGAGUUUUGUUAGGAAGGCUUUUAUUGGAAGUAAAAAGCUAUCUUACUUUAUCAAUCAAUUCUUUUUUCGUUAGAGUGUCGAAAAAGUUGUGCUUUAAUACAAAAACAUUCUGUCUCAGAUGACUGCGCUUUUACAUGAAUAUUCGUUCAAAAACGAUGCUGCUUUUGAGUGUGUGUGUUAGAUAUUGAUGCUGCUGGGAGAAAACUCAAUACAAAAUGUAGGAUGUCAGGCAAAAAUCAACAAUACAACCCCCAAGGCUUCUAACUUGUGCUGGCCAAGAGCAGCUCUGUCAGCAGAUGUCAGCAAAAUGAGUUUAAUCUGGUGGGGAUACUCAAUUUAGCAUCAAUAAAUCUCUUCUGCCCAUUUCUGUAUUUCUUCCUCUGCUUUUACUCAGCCGCCUCCUGCGGUGUGGUCUGUAUAUCCGCCAUGUGUGCAGUGUUUCAGACACCAGGCUUCCC